AUGAGCUCAACCCCUCUCCAAUCCCUAGUCCCGGGCUACAUCCAAGUCGAAGACUUCGGAGACUCCGACGAAUACGAAGAUGAAGAAGAAAUUUCCUACGUAACCCUGGAUCUGGGCACCGUCGAGCCCACACUCGUUCCAAGCGCCUCAAGCUACUACUUGAUCCUACAAGGGACAGUACUGAAAGGACGACACAACCAUUUACUCGGUACCGAAUUGGUCUUCUCGGAGAACCCAGAUCCUCAGGAACGCAGUAAACGCCCAGUACACCACAUCGCCAACACAGAACAACGAAUCCUCUUCAAAGAGGUCACACUAGAGCCCAAAUCCCCCGAAUCCAACAAGGACGAUAAAGGCGCGUCUCGGAAAGACGGCGGCGGGGUCGAGCAGGACAGCCAGAAGAUCGACCGGAUGACUGGACGCGUCGCACCACCUACACGAGCACCGCGAACAAGAGGGAAGAAGAAAAACAAGGAAAAGGAAAAAGCUGCAGAGCCUGAAACCCAGGCUUCCGGUUCGCAGCCAGACGACCACCAGGAAGGAGGACAUGACACUGAAGACGCGAUGGACGUCGUGCAAGAUUAA